CCAAUUAUAGUGCAAGAACUGCGUUUUCCCGAACGCCAGUAUCUCGGGUCAGAAGGAAAAGUGGCCGCAGUGUGUGGUGGUUGUGGACGGUUUCUGGGCAUACGGUCCCACUGUUGCCACCUUCCUUCCUUUGGUUCCCGCGAUGCCGAUGUACCAGGUAAAGCCCUAUCACGGGGGCUGCGCUCCGCUGCGUGUAGAGCUUCCCACUUGCAUGUACCGGCUCCCCAACGUGCACUGCAGGACCAACAGCCCCGCGCCCGACGAGGGCCACGUGCAGGAAGCAUUAGACCCCUCUCUGCAAGCUCUCGAGUCCCGCCAAGAUGAUAUUUUAAAACGUUUGUACGAGUUGAAAGCUGCAGUUGAUAGUCUCUCCAAGAUGAUUCACACUCCAGAUGCAGAUGUGGAUGUAACCAACAUCAUGCAAGUGGAUGAACCCACAGCUCUGAAGACCAAUGCAUUGGACUUGAAUUCAGUGCUUGGAAAGGAUUAUGGGGCACUGAAAGACAUCGUGAUCAACGCAAACCCGGCCUCACCUCCCCUCUCCCUGCUUGUGCUGCACAGGCUGCUCUGUGAGCGCUACAGGGUCCUGUCCACGGUGCACACACACUCAUCAGUCAAGAGCGUGCCUGAGAGCCUUCUCAAGUGCUUUGGGGAACAGACUAGAAAACAGGCCCGUCAUGAGUAUCAGCUGGGCUUCACCUUAAUUUGGAAGAAUGUGCCCAAGACUCAGAUGAAGUUCAGUGUCCAGACAAUGUGCCCCAUCGAAGGAGAAGGGAACAUUGCACGUUUCUUGUUCUCUCUAUUUGGCCAGAAGCACAAUGCUGUAAACUUAACCCUCAUUGAUAGCUGGGUAGAUAUUGCUAUUUUUCAGCUAAAAGAAGGGAGCAGUAAAGAAAAAGCAGCUGUUUUUCGCUCCAUGAACUCUGCUCUGGGGAAGAGCCCGUGGCUGGUCGGGAAUGAGCUCACUGUGGCAGACGUGGUGCUCUGGUCUGUGCUUCAGCAGACUGGGGGCUGCAGCACAGCUGCACCUGCCAAUGUGCAGCGGUGGCUGAAGUCAUGUGACAACCUGGCCCCUUUCAACACUGCCCUCAAGCUCCUUGAGUGAAUUUCAGUAACUGGUUUUAAAGGGUUUUGAUUUUAAGAAUGGUGCUGCCUCAUACCUACUGUCAGUAAAGAGAGUGGUAAACAGAAUCAGUCUUUUUAUUUAGGCCAGUUGUCAAGUAUCAAUAAAUCAUCAUAUUAAUUUGUGAGUUUGGGUUUAUGUAAAAUUCAGCACUAUCAUUUGCACUCAAACUAUACCAGGAGGACUGCCAAUUAGGCAAGAAUUUCCUACAAUUUUGAAAUAGAAAGGAAAGAAAGGUAGCCAAGUGUCCUUUACAGCUUAUAGAAGUCGUGCACAGGUUAUUAAAUACAACCGAGAAGUCACAUUCUGUAUACUCAAGAUUGAAAAUUUACAUCCAAGAUGACUAUUCUGAGAGUCCGCUCUCAUGUUACUGAUACAGCCUAGUUAAGGCUGGAUGGUGUGUCUUCAUCCUUUACCCCUCUGUCCUGAGAAAGGAGGCUUAGCUGCUUCUUCAGUGCUUCAAUUUCUUUUUCUUGCUCUAUUAUUUUCAUCUGUAGGGUGAGAUUCACCUAUAAAGACAAAAUUUUAAGCUUCAUAAAAAUGGCUACUUCUCUUUUAAAUACACAGGUAGUUCUCACUUCGCAGUCCUUCUGUCUAUGAAUUUUAGUUGUCAAGUAUCACCAGCCACCUAAUUGCAUGGCUAGUGUCAGCUGUCACUGGAUAGUAGUACCUCGGUUCACAAACAAGCAUUUGGCAAAAUUUUAUUUUUGUUUGUAAACUGCAUCAGGUGACAAACACAACUGUGGUCAUCUUUCCCACACAAACAUGAACAUGGCCAUCUUUUCCAAAAUCAUAGAACAAAUUAAGUUUGUGAACCAAGAUACCACUGUAUUUAUUGUAACUGUGUGCUUCCCUCUGCCCCAAAACGUAAAUAACCACAGCACAUCAUCACCAAGGUCAGUCAGGUGGCUUCUGUCAAGUCUGUCGGUUACCUGUCACUGCCUCUUAGUUCACAGCAAUGUGGGCGUGCUGUCUCCAUGUCUUCCGGAGUAGAGCCUAUGAAAUUUUUAACCACUUAACAGUUUACCCCAAGCAUCACUCGGGCAGCGCAUUUGUUUAGGCACUCACUAUGCCAAGCAUUGCUCAGGCAGGCGUCAUUUCAACCAGUCGAGUCUUGUAUUGAAUAUAUUGGAUAAAAUUGUCAUUUUUGUAUUUCCUGUUAUAAAAAUUAAUGAAAAAAUA